AUCAUGUAACCGACUCAAAUAUGGCGAGAUUGAAAAAUGUGGCACAACUCACUCAGUCCCACACCCAGCACAUGAUUCUGUGAGUCUGGUCUUCAUCAUGUAAUGGCAAUCCUCAGUGUAUGUUUGUGCGCAUAUUGAAAAUCCAUUAGAGUAGUUGUAGUGACUCACAUGUGUCCCGACAAUCUGUUGGAGCACAUCGAAAUGAAAUAUUAACUACGAUUAGAGUUUAAAAUGUAUAUUGCAAGUCAUCCUCCAAAAUAAUAGCGUCUGAUGUGAGAUGGUGCAGCCCUCACCAAAAUACUGAUUCUAGUCUGGUCUGAUGCGUGCUGUGACAUCAUGUACUAAUCUCUUAUUCUCUUUUUCUUUCUGCUCCACCCUCCUCCUCACUCCACACUUUUUCUUUUCCUCCCCCACUCACCAUUUCUCCUACUUUCUUUAACUCCCUGUCCCUUCCUCUUUCUGUCUAUUCAUCUGUCUGUCUGUCUGUCUGUCUGUCUGUCUGUCUGUCUGUCUGUCUGUCGGUCCGUCCGUCUGUCUGUCUGUCUCUCGCUGUCUCACUCUAGCAACCAUGGGCAAAAGACAGGAGCAGAGGGGAGAGAGAGAAGUAUGUGAGCUCUCCACUGCAGUAUUGAUGACCCAAUGAUCCCCUGCAGAACAGAGCCAGUCAGGCAGACAGAGUGAGGCUCAACUCAGAAUCAAAAUCAGAAUCAGCGCCACAACCUUUUGGUAAAAGCAACCAAUUGAGCAGGGUAUGAAUGGUCAUUGAAUCUUCUUGCCUGUUGUUAGAGGAAGACAGCUACAAAGAAGAAACGCUCAUUUUCACCCUCAGUACCAGCAAGACUGUCCACUGAAUGAGUGGCUUGUCAGAUCACCUACAUUCAGGCCAAACUGGGGCUCCAGUGGGCUGUGGUGGGACUCAAGCAGAGGAAAAAGCGUGUGUGGGAGGGCUGGAGGGGCUGGCAGGACCUGAGCUCUGGACCAGGGAGCUCGGGCUCCAGGAGGGGUCCCAGGAUCCCUCUAACGAUGGACUGGCAUCGGUGACCUCCGACCUUUUUCCCACGUCUUCUUCCGCCCUGGCCAACGGCCUCCAUCUGCAGAGGAGGCUGGGGCAUAGCACCUGCCGACGCAGGCAGACGGAGACUCACAGCACUGCUGAGACACAUACAUUUGCAGAGACACUUAGAAACAUGCAGACGCACAUAGACCCAGAUGUGCAUGCACAGGCUGUUUCACACGCACGCAUGGAUAAUUGUGGACACAUGGAUAUCAACCCAAAUAUGGGUUCUGUAGGGCCCGAACACACCAGAACUCUCACACCAGAGGCCAUACACACAACCUCACCUCAACCCCUAUCUUUGGCCCUUGGCAAUCAUCCUGCCUCCACCAAUCAGCGGGCAGCCCCAGUCCUCACCAUAGACACAGACAAUCCCACCUUUUGUCCAGUCCCUACUGGCCCAAACCCCAACACAGACUCCUCUCCUCUUCCUGUGGAGGCAGAGAAGAAGUAUGCACUCCGCAGCUCCGGACGUCCCCGCUUUCCCUGUCACCUGCGCAAAUCCUCCCGCCUCCGCCGAAGUUUAGAAGAUGGGGAGAAGAGAGCAGGAAGGGAGAGAGCAGGAGAGGAGGAGGAUGAAGUAUUGGAAGAGAAAAUCUGGAGGGUUAAAGAGGAGGAGGUGGCAGUUGGGGUGAAAGAAGAGCCUUUGACUGUUGAGGCUGUUCUCCCCACGCCUCCCUGUCCUACAGAGAUCCCUCUUGCUAUAACUGUACCCAAACCUGCUCCUAAAGCUAUACCUAAACCUGGGCCCAGACUUGGGCAUAAACCUGGACCUAAAUCCAGGUCUAGGCCCGCACCAAAAUCUGUCCAUAAAGCAGCUCCUAAAAGUGUGAAACAGCGCCAGGCAGCCCAGUCCUUAGCUCAACGUGCUGCUGCUCAUCUCCAAUUUGCAGACACAUCCACCAUCACUGCAUCUCUGCUCACUGUGAAGAAGGAAGCUGUUGCAGAUUUAGGCGUGCCUACCUCCAAUAACCGGAGACGUGGGCGAUUUGUAGGCGUGAGGAAGAUUGUUGUUAAGGUGGCUCGUAUUCCCGUCAGCCUGAGCCGCCGACAGAAGAGCUACAAGAUUUCCAAUUUGGAGACUGUCACAGGGACAGAAAAAAGCAGUGAUGGUGGUGUGGAGGGCUCAGAGGUAGCUCGAGAGCCGACCGCACUUCUCCGAAUGAAGAACAAUGGAAAGAGCGUUAUGGUGAUGUUCCCUCCCGGAGAACUGCCUGUUAUUCUCAAACGCAGACGGGGACGACCACCUAAACAAGUUCUGCCGGGAAUACCGGGAGAGCUUCCGAAUACGGGGAAUGCUGGUGGUACUGGAGACCAACCCAAGAAGCCCCAGAGGCGGCGGCGGACUAAACUCCCUACUCCUUAUCCAUCCUAUGUUAAUGACACUAAUGAUGUUAAAACAGAGUAUGGGGAUGUUUUGUCCAAACUGGCCUUUUUAAACCGACAGCCCCCUGCCACUGGCCGCUGCUCUCCCCCGCGCUGCUGGACACCCAGUGAGCCAGAAAGCUUUCAUACCCCCUUGGAAAACCCUGGAAUAUCCACCCUGCUCCACCGGCUCACUGGGUUCAGACGCCCGCGUGGCAGAGGAGGGGGAGCAGGAAGAGGUGGAGGAGGAGCAGGGGGGGUUGGGGGCAGUGAGCGCAAUAAGAGCACUUUCAGUGACUUCUUUGAAUCCAUCGGCAAGAAGCGGAAACUGAGCCCCCUGUCUGAGCAUGGAUUGCCUAGGAAAAGGGGGAAGGGUGCGGGUGGAGGUGGGGGUGGUAGGGGAGGGGGUAUCGUAGGAACUGAAUCUGGGGGAGAGAAAAUAAUCAAGAGGAGACGUGUGAGAAAAAAUGGUGCAUUCAAAGGGGAGGGGAUGACCAUGGGGCAGGACUGGCCUAAUGGGGCAGGUGGCUGGGGGGAGGGGGGUAUGGAUAAGGACAAGGGUUUGGGUGGGUAUCAGCUCUGUGGCUCUCCAAGAGGAGGCUUUUCCUCCUGUGAGGUUGGAAGAGGAGGUGCCUACAGCAGUCCAGGAGGGAGCAGAGGGGUCGGACCAGCUGGGGAGGACUCACAAGGCCUGUUUGCUGGGUAUUUUCGGUCACUCCUCGACUCGGAUGAUUCGUCAGACUUGUUGGACAUGUCGUCCCCACAGUCAGACCCCAGAAAAGCUUCAUCCAACCCUGGUUAUGAGCCAUCCAGUCCAGCUACGAGUCACAGCUGGUCCCCUGCAUUCCCCAAGUGGAGCUCCAAGGGUGCAGGUUCUGGGGUGGAGGGUUCACCGCAGGCACAUUGCUCCUCAGCCAGGCCUCCAUACAGCUAUGGCAGCCUGGCCCAGACAUCCCCCACCACCUCUACCUAUCCCAAAUCCACUCCUCCAUCUCUCUCCCACUCUCCUAGCUCCCCUCAUCCCACCUCUUUUGGCCACUACUCCUCUGGCUACUCCUCCUCCUCUCCUGCAGUGUCACAGAGAUCCUCUGACUGCAGCUUUGCGUAUGGAUCUGGACACGGCAGUGGCAAGGCCGGGUCUGUCGGUCAGAUGGGUUAUUCUAGCUACCAGUCAGCAGCCAAGCGAGGCUACAGUGGAUAUUCUGCAGCAGGUCAUUCCUCCAUGGUGCGUGGAGAUUCAACAGGACCCACAUCACCAGGAGGAGGGUACAUGUCUGUGGCCAAAAGCAGCCCCUUCAGCUCCUCCUCUUCUCCAGAAGGUUACAAACAGUUCAACUCUAAUCAGUGGAGCUACAGACAAGGUUAUGGUGGCUGGUCAACAGACAGCUUUGGGCCUCAGUACCCCGGCUACAGUGAAUAUGGCUCCAAUGAGUCCAAAGACAUCUUGGAUAUCUCAAACUACACCCCCCAGAAGGCCAAGAGACCACCUUUUCCUGAAAGUCUAUCAGAAUCCUCCUCUGACUCUUCACAUCUUGGCUCUGCAGCCACAGGAAGUGGACCGAGCUCCACAUGCGGCACAUACAAACUGAGUGAAGCUGCGUCUGUUAGUGGAGAGGGGGGUCAGUCAAGUCUGUCCAGCCUGGAGAAGUUGAUGAUGGACUGGCACGAGAGCGCUUCGGGACCCUCGUAUAACUGGAGCCAAAACGUCCUCUUCCAGGGCGGGGGAACCAGCAAACCCGGUCGUGGUCGACGGAAACGGACCGAACCACAAACAGAAAAAGAAGGGGGGUCUGCUUUACACUCUGAUUCCCCAUCCAGUCCCUCCCCAACGCCUACUCCUGGACCUAAGCGGGGAGGGGUUGGAGGACGGGGCAGAGGGUCCAGAGGAGGCAGAGGCGGUUUGUCUCCAUGUCAGAGAGCCAAAGGCAGGGGAAAGGCUGCUGCUGCAUCAGGAGCGGGAGGAGCAGUGACUGCCGGAGGUCCAGAGGGGUCUGGGCUGUUCCAGGAGGGGCUGGACUAUUACAGUGGAGACAGUAGUAGCCUCUCUCCCCUGGCCACUCCCAAUCCUGCACCAGCUUCUAGCUACCUCCAGGACCCCUGUGAGUACCCCUCCCCUUAUUCUGCCCACCCCUCCACACCUUCCUCUGAGGAGCGGUAUCCAGCCUUAUACCCUGGAGAGUCCUCCUCUUCCCUCUCACCCAGUGUCUCCUCUCCCCCUUACCCUCCCAAGCCCACCCCUCCUCCACCCCAGACUUACCACCCUGUCCCCUCUAGGACAUUCUCUCCCUCUUGCUCUCCGUCACCACGGAUGACACCCCUCUGUGCCACGGCACUGAGUCCCUCUCAUCGCCCCCCUCCGAAAGACCCACAGUUCUCACAGUAUGACUCUCCCAGCUACUGCAGCUCCCCCUAUUGGUACGGACAGACAUCGCACAGCGGCAGCCCCAGCCCGCAUUCUCACAGCACACACUCAAAUACAGCCGUGCACUCACACAGCAACCCGCACACAAGUCCCCACGGAAAUACACACGGCAAUCCGCUCGCUAGUCCAAAUGCGAGCACACACACGCACAUGAACCCGACUCCCCAUGACACACACCAUCACAACACGCAGCCCCACGCAAACCUGAGCUCACACUCCAACACCCAUCCCACCUCGCUCCUCCAGAGCAGCCCCCUCUCCCACUCAAACCCUCACACCAACAACCAGCCCCACCACAACACACACACCAACCCCAACUCUCACCUCCCCACCCAUACACACUCCAACCCCAGCACAAGCCUCCACUCCCACUCAACACCUGUGCUUUAUGAGGAGUGCAGCCCUCCCUCGACCGUGCCCCCCCACAAGCGGGAUCUGACCCCCCACGCUAUGAGCACAGGCCUCCGCCAGGGCCCAUUGCCUCUUUCCCCCUACCCCAAACCUUCCCUGGACUCCUCGCCGCAUCAGGAGGAGACUGGUGGCUUCUCCUUGUCCCACCAAUCCUACCAGGGCAUGGGACACCGCUACCCCUCCCAGUCAGCUCAGGGAGGUGGGGUGCUGUGCCAGCUCCUGGACACAGCCAGCGAUGACAGCUUCAGCGUCACCAGCCUGUAACAGCAGGUGCAUUCAAUCCAAGCUUUUACAGCUUUGCAAAUGUUCUGUUUUUUUUUCUUCUUUUUUUUGUUAAGGAGACUUCUUUAUGAGAGACUGUGAAAUGAAGGGUGAGAAUUUAGCUGCCAGCUUUGGACAGUAAAGCUUUAAUUCUCCAGCAUUGACAAUCAAGAUCAACUGCAAUUGAAACACCCAAGCAUGCACAUACACAAGUGUACACACACACACACA